AUGGAAAGCCCUUAUUGUUAAUUGGAUGUUAAAAAAAAGAAGUCUAAUAAUUAUUAAAGAAGAAUAAAAGAAGAAGGCAUUUAUAUUUUCGGAGGGCUUUUUGAAAAUUCCGAAGCAAGUGAUUAAUUGAGAAUUUUAAAAAUUGGACAGAAACCCCUUUUUUGGACUUUCCCAGAAACUAAUGGAAUUCCUCCUAUAGGAAGAUUUUAGCAUGGCUAGAGUUUUUUAUAAGAUUUAAAUAUACUGGUUGUUUAUGGAGGAAGAAAUGAUAAAAUCAUUAGAGAAGGAAUUAUGGGAGAUUUUAAUGUGUUAAAUUUAGAAAAUUUACAGUGGAUAAAAAUAUAAAUGAAUGGGCUUUAAAUUUAAAAAAGAUGUUCAUUUUCUUUGUGUGUAGUUGAUUCUUAAAUCUUGGUUUUCGGAGGAUAUGAAGAAAAUGGGUUUUCUAAUGCAGAUUUGUAAAAAGGUCUUGAUGAAUUAUUUAUAUUAAAUUAAAAAAGUGAUUUAUUUUUAUUAGAAAAUAAACAUAACGAAGAUAAAUAUGGAAAAGAAGAAGAAAAAAUAUGA